GCCGGAAGAGAAGAAGGUCCUUUUCCCAGCCAUCUUGUGGCUUCAUCUAGCGAAGUGUUCGCACCAAGCCUCGUAGAAUCGGAGGAAAAUCCUGCUGAAGGGGCGCCAUCAUGCCCGGACAAAUGCAAGAAGGUUUUGGCUGUGCCAUAGCCAAUCGGUUCGACCAGUUAUUUGACGAUGAGUCGGAUCCCUUUGAGCUGCUGAAGCAAGCCGAAGGGAAGAAGAAGGAGGCUACUACUCCUGGUGCCGCCAAGAAUUCAACCCUGGCUUCCAAGCAGCCGAAAAAGGAGUCCCAAAAAGACAGAAAAGUCCCACUGGGUGAUAAGAAGGAGGAGAGCCAAGCACCUGUUCCACUUAAGAAAGAUGGUCCCGGCAUGAAGAGAAUGGGCCACAGGCCGGAGGGCGAUGGCUUCAGACCCCAGGGAAACCAGGGAGAGGGGCGCCCCCCCACAGACAGAAGGCCUGUGGACAGGCGGCCCCCACGUCGAUUCGAAAGGCCUGCUUCUGACGCUGGCGAGAAGCCUGAGGGAGGCGAAUUCUCAGUGGAAAAACCCGUUGGUGAUAGACCUAUGAGAGGACGUGGUGGUGUCGGUGGCGGUGGCAGAGGUGCCCCCCGUGGAGGCAGAGGCCGUGGCAUGGGUCGCACUGAUGGCUUUGACUCUCGAGGAAAACGUGAAUUUGAUAGACACAGUGGCAGUGACCGAUCCAGUAGUCUGAAAGGUGAGGAGAAGCGUGGUGGAAGUGGCUCUCACAACUGGGGCACCGUCAAGGAUGAACUAAACGAGCUUGACCAAUCAAACGUUACUGAAGAGAACCCUGAAGGAGAAGAACAUCCACCUGCUGACUCUGAGAACAAAAGGGAGAAUGAGGUUGAGGAAGUGAAGGAAGAAGGUCCCAAGGAGAUGACUCUGGACGAAUGGAAGGCUGUGCAGGACAAGGAGCGGGCCAAGGUGGAGUUCAACAUCCGUAAGGCCAAUGAGGGAGCUGAUUGGAACAAAGGCUUUGUGCUGCACAAGUCCAAGGCAGAAGACAAGAAAGAAGAAGUUAUUGACCCUGAGAUUGAGGAACCCAAGCUUGAUGAUGAGCACCACUUCCGGAAGCCAGCCAAUGACAUUACGGCCCAGCUAGAGAUCAAUUUCGGAGAUCUGGGCCGUCCAAGUCGUGGACGCGGUGGACCACGUGGUGGCCGGGGCGGUCGUGGACGUGGUGGCGGCGGCGGCGGCGGGAGUGGGCCUCCUGGCCCUCCCAGCGCCGAAGCCACUAGGCAAAUUCGUGCAACAAGGACUGACAAGUCAUCUGCGUCUGUGCCCAACGUGGACGACCCAGAGGCCUUCCCAGCCUUGGCUUAAGUCCCGGCUGCUGCCCCUCAGGCCUACAGGAGCCUCCUGAGCACCUCCACUACGAGGCUUGCAUGUUCCUGGAUCCUUCAGCAAAGUGAAAUGAUGAAGACUGUCAUUAACUAUGGCAUUCAAAGUGAGGACUGAGUUUUACCCAAUAAAAACAAAACGAAGAUGGAAAAAAAAACAGAAAUUAACAAAAAAAAACAAAAAGAAAAGGACUUCUUGCUACUCUGGAGCAACUUAUUGGUAGAGGUUUUGUACUUGGAAACAAAGUAGCAGGGAUGUUUUCAUACAGUAUUUUUUUCAGAGGUUAUGCAUUGUCCAUUGAUUGAAUUUUUGUAAUUGCUGCUUGAAAAUAUGCAUUUUGAAAUGUAAGCAUAAGAAGGGUGUCUUUAGCUUGGUGUGAGCCAUUGCUUGCUCGCUUUGAAAUAAGCACUGUUGAGCUCCAACCCAAGCUCACAAGCGCAGCCACACCAGGUAUUUCUGAUGAAGUUAAAGCUUCACUGAUAAAGAUAUAUGGAUUUUGUUUUUCUUUCUUUAGCACUGGAGUAUUGUUUUAUAUUUUAUACAGGAGGUCUAUUCUUCUAUGAUCUUUGGCCUGUAAAUCUUAACUAUUUUCAUAAAUUCUUUUGAGACUGUAUUUCACAUGGUGCAAAUAGGAUGCAUCUUGAUCUUUGAUCAAGCAUUGCUGCCUACAUUUGAUUGCAUUGAUAAAAUGGCACCUACAUCUGUAUUUAGGUUCUUUUGUACUGAAAUGUUCUAAUAGUGGAACAUUUGGUCAUUUUUGCAGAACACAUUGCUGAUUACUCCUAAAUUUGCAUUGAUCCUAAGAUAUUUGUCAAGUGGCUCAAUUUAACACCCAAAGUUAUUCCAUGUGUUCUGAUUUCUAAUGUUUUUGGGGUGCUUCACUAUCCUAUCUCAUCCUCUUCCUCCCUGCCUAUUUCAUCUUUGGUUACAGCCAUGUGCAAGUCAAUUAAUGCCUUUUGUUUUACUUUAAAGAGUGAUACGGAGAGGAAGUGUCUUUACACAGUUGAGAUGUGGCUGUAGUCUUCUGGAAGCCUUCAGACCCUGUCCGACUGUUAACACACUUCACUUGAGCAUCCUUCCACAGAUGUAAACUCGGCUCAGUUUCAGUUUGUUUUUGCAUUCUGUUCUGUGCUGAUAUUUUCCUCCACUGUUGACUUGCCCUGUGGCUUCCGAAAUGGCACCACUGCAUAAUUGCUCUGAAAGAAAUACAGUCGUUCAUUGUGUGGAACUGAAGUGCUCUACAAAUGUGUGAAUUCUAGCCCUGCUAUUAGAGACCUCUGUCGGUAAAUAAAGAUGGUCGGUAAAUCUUU